AUGGACAGAACACAUGACACCAUCGAGGCCAGCGCCGUCAGCCAACAAAUUCAUCAGGUGCACUUACAAGUACAUGUGGCCACCUUUACCGAAGCAUCCAUGAUGAGCGCUGAGGAAGACUCAACGUCUUCGCCAGAUGAUGAUCCUUAUGACGACACGGACAUCCUCAACUCGGCUGGCACGGAUGAGAUCACCGCACACCUGGCGGCCGCAGGUACUAGACUAGACUCGACCCAGUAGCGAGAGCAUUUGUGUGGAUCCAAAUUAGUGGCAGUGGGUUUUAUUCGAUUAAGAAGCAUCAAAGAACACUUAAGGAGUCUUCCUAAACCAAUGUCUGGGCAGACAAGCAGAUGAUUUUAUCUUGCAUCUCUGAUAAAUUCUGCUAAUCCAGUAAAACAUCCACCUGAGUUCAGUGUGAUGCUUUUGACUGAACAGCAGGUGGUGCCAGUGGACUGUUUUGACAGUUCUCUCUCUCUCUCGUUGUUAGGGACCAAAUGGUGCUUAUUUUAAAUCUCACUUUCAUCCUUUUAAAAAAAAAAAAAAAAAACGAAAUUGAAUCUUGUAGGCUGUACAUUCAAGACUAUUAUUGAAAGUUCAUAUCAGAGGGGGGGAAAACAGCAUUCAAA